UAGCCACUUUGAGGGAUUUCCUCCCGGGGCCGCCUUUGCAGCAGCAACACGUCUGCCUGGUUCGCGGCAACUGCAACUGCGAGCAUGGAUCUCAGAGGAAGAGCUCUUUUUAACAGAGACAGACUUCGGAUUCUCUUGAUGCUCUUUCAUGCAAUGGCCCAAACAGUGGCAGAACAAGAAGUGGAAAAUCUUUCGGGCCUUUCCACGAACCCCGGGAAAGACAUAUUUGUGGUGCGGGAAAAUGGGACGACGUGUCUCAUGGCAGAGUUUGCAGCCAAAUUUAUAGUACCUUAUGAUGUGUGGGCCAGCAAUUACGUGGAUCUGAUCACAGAGCAGGCUGAGAUCGCCUUGACCCGGGGAGCUGAGGUGAAUGGCCGAUGUGGCCACAACGAGUCGGAGCUGCAGGUGUUCUGGAUAGAUCGCGCCUAUACACUCAAAAUGCUGUUUGUAAAGGAAAGUCACAACACUUCCAAAGGACCAGAGGGGACUUGGAGGCUGAGCAAGGUGCAGUUUGUCUAUGACACCUUAGAGAAGACGCACUUUAAGGACCCAGUGAGUGCUGGAAAGCACACAGCCAACUCUCAUCACCUUGCUGCCUUGGUAACCCCAGCUGGGAUGUCCUAUGAGUGUCAGGCUCAGCAGUCCAUUUCUCUGGCCUCCAGUGAUCCUCAGAAAACUGUCACCAUGAUUCUGUCUGCAGUGCACAUCCAACCCUUUGACAUCAUCUCAGAUUUUGUCUUCAGUGAAGAGCACAAAUGUCCAGUGGAUGAGCGGGAACAGCUGGAAGAGACCUUGCCCCUGAUUCUGGGGCUCAUCUUGGGCCUUGUCAUUGUGAUAACACUUGUGAUUUACCACAUCCACCAUAAAAUGACUGCCAACCAGGUGCAGAUCCCCAGAGACCGGUCCCAGUAUAAGCACAUGGGCUAAGGACCAUUAGGCAGACAGCCUAGCCUCCAGGUUCUGCCCCAAACUGGAUCAAUUAGAAUGACAAUGGCACUUUU